UUAUUAUUAUUAUUAUUAUUAUUGCUGGUGCUGCGGUUACAAUCCACUAAGAAAGACGAACAACACUAAGAAGUUAAAACUUACCGGCGUUCAUUCUCGUGUGAUAUAAAAGAUCUCGACAUGGAAGCGGGCCAUCGGAAAUAAUUCUUCUUAAAUACUUUAAUUUUUACUUUCCUCCUCCACACAAUCCAAUUCCUCCUUUUUUUAUAUAUAUAUAUUUUUUUUGUGUUCUUGCGCCGUUCGGCAAAGCUGCUUCGAAAUCCCGAACAGUCUAUAUUUUUUUUGCCUCCCCCCGGCCGAAAGAGGAAACUUUCUUUUUUUUUAAUAUAUUCCAUUCCGUCCAUCAAACACCCGCAGCAACGACAAUUUUCCCGCAUAAUUUGCCCUUCCUUUUAGCCUUCCCCUAGGCCUGUGAGGCCGCCUGUAUUCCAGCUGUCUACACUCUUUCACCAUCCCGACGAGCUAAAUAUAUGAACUAGCUUCUGUCGUCAUGGGCCUGCUAGCGCUUGGCACCCCGCUGGCCUGGCCGGAAGCGAAGAAGAAUGCAAAGCAGGUCAGGGAAUGGGGAAUUGAACAACUUCUGGCCAUCUGGAGAAAGGCGAAGGGCAAGGAACGAGAUGCCCUGCUCUGGGGCGAUGAGGUUGAGUACCUUGUCGUAGCCGUGGAUGAGAAGGCACAGAAAGUGCGCCUUUCCCUCCGCCAGGCGGAUAUCUUGGAUUCGCUCGCUCACGAGGAAGCGCAGGCAAAUGGGAAGUUGGUGCAGGGGCUUCUGGAUGGAGUAAAGGAGCCACUUCCCAAGUUCCACCCGGAGUUUGGACGGUUUAUGUUGGAGGCGACCCCAGGUCAGCCAUGGGGAAUCGGAUUCGAAGAUCUCUUAAAGGUGGAGUCUAACAUGAAGUGGAGGAGAGUUAUUGCGAAAAAGCAUAUGGCACCGAAUGAGUAUCCCAUAACCCUCACCACAUUCCCACGGCUAGGCACCAAGGACGACUUCACAUAUCCGUCCUACCCCCUCUCCGGCGGUGCGCUCCGCUCCCAAUUCGUCCCCGACGAAAUCGCAAACCCCCAUAUUCGCUUUCCCACACUAGCAGCGAAUAUCCGGUCCCGGAGAGGCCGAAAAGUGCGACUGAAUGUCCCGGUGUUUCGAGAUACGAAUACUCCAUGGCCAUUUAAUGACCCUACCGUCAACUACGAUCUCCAUAACUGGCCAGAGGACGAUGAUGUCCGCAAGGGAGCUGUGAAACAGAAUCAUGUGUAUAUGGAUGCCAUGGCGUUUGGAAUGGGAAGUUGUUGCUUGCAGAUCACCUUUCAGUGCAAGAAUAUUAAAGAGGGGCGGAGACUUUAUGACCAGUUAAGCCCACUGGGCCCGAUAAUGCUGGCAUUGACCGCUGCUACACCGAUUUACAAAGGGUUCUUAGUGGACACUGACGUGCGGUGGAACCAGAUCAGCAACGCGGUUGAUUGCCGCACUCCUGAAGAGCUGGGAGAAAAGCCGCUCAAAAAUGACCGCUGGCGCAUCCCAAAGUCGAGAUAUGCCUCCAACUCCACAUACAUAUCCCAGGAUCCGCGGCUGCGACCUGAAUACAUGGACCCAGACCUUGUCAUCGACGAAGACAUCAAGAGACGCCUCCUGGACGGCGGCAUGGAUGACCUGCUGGCCACCCACUUCGCCCACCUCUUCAUCCGCGACCCCAUCGUAAUCUUCGCCGAGGACCUCCAAGAACUUGACCUCAACCAAACCAACCACUUCGAGAACCUACAGUCGACAAACUGGCAACACAUCCGCUUCAAGCCACCGCCGGCCGAAAACGACAUCGGCUGGCGCGUCGAGUUCCGCCCCAUGGAGAUCCAAAUGACCGAUUUCGAAAACGCCGCCUUCAGCGUAUUCAUGGUGCUCAUCACCCGAGCCAUCCUCAGUUUCGAUCUGAACCUCUACAUCCCCAUCCCGCGCACGACUGAGAACAUGGAAACCGCCCACGCUCGCGAUGCCGUCCUCGAGCAGAAAUUCUACUUCCGCAAAGACCCCUUCCCACACCGUAUCCCGCGCCCACAGCAACAGCAACAGCAGCCUUCCUACAGCAACCAAACAAAUACCAGCGGAAACGUCUCAGAGUCCAGCUCCCGUUGCUCCUCCGGCUUCUCAACUCCGAACCUACGCCCCGUCGAAUCCGAGUACGAGCUCAUGACCAUCGCAGAGAUCGUCAACGGGACACAGGACGGGUUUCCGGGCCUGAUCCCGCUGGUCGAGUCGUAUCUCAACGGCGUCAAUGUCGAUGUGGAGACGCGGUGUCAGCUGGCGACGUACCUAGAGCUUAUCCGGCGGCGUGCAGAUGGCAGUUUGUGGACGAAUGCGAAGUGGAUCCGUGAGUUUGUGGCUAAGCACCCGGAGUAUAAGCAUGAUAGUGUGGUCUCGGAGAAGAUCUGCUUUGAUCUUGUUAAUGCUGUUGAGGAGGUUACGGAGAAGGAAGGGAAGGGUGGGAGUGUUGGGUGGGAGAUGUUGAGUAGGACUACGGAGUGAUUUUUUCUUUUCCCCCUUUUGCCCACUUCUCUUUCGCCCUUUUUUCCAUUUCUUUCUAUUUCAUUUUUUCCCCCAUUUACUGUUACUUGUAUAACGCUGUUUACGUCCUGACUCCUGCGUUCUGGCUUUCUUCAUACUUUUUGCUCUAGAUCUUUGUCAUGAUGUCAUUUCUAACGAUAUAAUUGUCUACUUCAUUCAGGGGCGGUGGUAACUGCUUUUUGCUAGGAAUAUUUAGACUCACCCCCAAUGGUGGAAUCAAUGACCAAAGAUAUUUUGCCUUCUUUUUUUAACAUUUUUCAUUUCUUUCUAUACGAUGUGAUUUACCAUUCAUUUCUGGCGGGGAAAUCAUGAUUAUGAAUUAGUUUAGAGAUGGAUGGGUAUUUCGCCAACCCCCCUUUGGUUCCUCUCUUUCAUGCUCUUGUCUCAUGCCCACUCACACGCACGCUUAAGAUCUCAUUAUGGAAGAUGCAUAAAAGACCUAUACUCUGUACAUACAGAGUACAUCUGACUACUUCAUCGCAACACGAUAAUUCCUACUAAGUGUAAAUCUAAUGUAUUUAAACCCCCUUUUUUAUACACCGGCACUAACAUCCCCCCUAACCUUCUUUUUUUCCUUUCUUCUUUUCCUUACUCUUUUUCUUUUUGCUUCAUUGUUAAGUUACGGGACUGAAACGCUUGCAUUUACAGUACGUCCUGUUCAAGUUUCCUAUUACCAGGUUGUUCAAUUGGCAAACUGCUAGCCUUGGUGGUUAUCAAAGCAUGACGCUAUUAACAGCCACAGCCAGCUGAGUUUAAGAGCCUGCCGCCAUCAUCCUCCUACCUAACAGCAGGCAGACGGAAGCUGUCAUAUGAUGGGAAACAGAGAUAGGGGCAACGGGGCUUUCUGUCUCGGACGUACUAUGCAUCAGAAUCUCUUGAGUAUAGUUAGCCUCAGCCCAUCCUUCUCCAUGAAAUAUGCGGUCCCAAUUGCGCAAUUGGCUAGCUACCCAAUCCUUCUACACCGCCAGUAUAACUACUAAAAGUUUGACUACCAGCAAGGUACAUGUACAUACAUAUACACAUUACAUUAAUCAACUCAAGCAAGAAGAACACCUCACCAUAUUGGUAAAUUUCAUAAACCAAACAACUCAACCCACGGAAAUUCCCCCUCAGUUUCCCUCCUGGAUCAACCUCCCUAGUAUCUAGGAUGAGGGCAA